UCCCUUUAUUUUACACACUCAUGCCAAUUACUAAAACCAAUUAUUCCUUGCCCUUGUUCACUCAAAGGUCAACGAGAAGGCGAAAACCGAAUGCAGCUCUAAUACCUCACCCCGAAACAUUUUAUUCACUAUAGAUAACUUUUCAAGGGGGAUAAAGGAAACGGAGUUUAAAAUUCUCUAAAACAGAACAAGGUUCAUUAUCAAUGGCGAAAGAUCAGUCAAUCUCUGGUUUAGAAGCCGUACACAAGAUUCAACUUCACCUCCUCGACGGAAUCCGAGAUGAGAAACAACUUUUCUCCUCCGGUUCCUUAAUUUCUCAAAGCGGCUACGAGGAUGUUGUAACUGAGAGGUCGAUUUCUAACAUUUGCAGUUACCCUCUAUGCCGAAACCCCUUACCUUCUGAGCCACGUCGAAGAGGCCGUUAUCGAAGCUUUUUGAAAGAGCAUAGAGUUUAUGAUUUACAAGAAACCAACAGGUUCUGCUCUGCCGAUUGCCUGAUUAAUAGCCAAGCUUUUGCUGGGAGUUUACAAGAGGAGAGGUGUUCCUUUUUGAAUCAUGCAAAACUUAAUGUGAUUUUGAGUUUGUUUGAUGAUGUGGAUUUGGCCGAUGAGGGUUUGGAGAAGAACGUUGAUCUAUCGGUUUCAAAUUUGAGGAUUAAAGAAAAUGAGGAGAUAAAAGCCGGGGAAGUAUCUUUGGUGGGUCCUUCCAAUGCUAUUGAAGGUUAUGUUCCACAAAUAGGAUUGGUUUCUAAGCCUUCACCCCUUCACCUUCUAAGAUCAGCAAAACUGGAGGUUACUCCCCCAACGAUAUUUGUUUUCUUACUUGCCGCGUUUGAUUCUAGUAGUUCCAAGCUGGGUAAUAGUAAAGGAGAUUCUUUUGUUAAGAAUAAGAUAGACUUUACUAGUGCUGUAAUUAUGAAUAAUGAAUAUACCAUUUCUGAGAGUCCCGGUAGUCUUAGACAGAGUCAAAGAGCGAAGCCCAUGUCAGUUCAAGGUUGUUCUGGUUCGGAACUGAAAGAAGCAGAAGGAAAAGGAAUUUGUAAAGACUUUGAAGAAAAAUGUCUUAUGUCAGGAUCGUCAUCUGCUUUGAGGGAAAAGGAUUCUAGCAUUGUAGAACUGCCUUCAACUAAAUAUGUCUAUCAGAGUGGUUUGGAUACAGUUAGUGCUGAAGCAGAAUCUGCUAGAGCAAAGAAACUUAAUCGCUCGGUUACUUGGGCUGAUAAUAAGGAUGUUGACAAUGCACGGAAAGGCAGUCUUUGUGAAGUUAAAGAAACCGAUACUCAGAAAGGAGAUUCUGAAAUAUGUGGCAGAACAGACGAUGGUGAUGAUGAUAAUAUGUUACGAUUUGCAUCCGCAAAAGUUUGUGCUAUGGCAUUGAGAAAGGCAGCAGCAGCUGUGGCAUCUGGAGAUUCUGAUGUCAAUGAUGUUGUUUCUGAAGCUGGGCUUAUCAUAUUGCCACAUGCACUUGAGGCGGACAAAGAGGAGCAAUGGCCAACAAAACCUGGGAUUCCACGUUCUGAUGUUUUCGACCCAGAGGACUCUUGGUGUGAUACUCCACCAGAGGGUUUCAGUUUAACUUUUGCAACAAUGUGGAAUUCACUUUUUGAAUGGAUAACAUCAUCUUCUUUGGCUUAUAUAUAUGGGAGAGACGAAAUCUUCCAUGAAGAGCACCUAUCAGUUAAUGGGAGGGAGUAUCCGCAGAAGAUUGUCUUACGAAAUGGUUGUUCUUCUGAAAUCAAAGAAACUCUUGCCUGUUGUAUUUCUCGUGCUUUAACUGCUAUUGUUACUGCUCUCAGACUGCCUAUACCAAUAUCUACUUUGGAGCAAGGAAUGGGGCGCCUACUAGAUACAAUGUCUUUUGUGUAAGCACUUCCAGCAUUCAAAAUGAAACAGUGGCAAGUAAUUGUGCUUCUGUUUGUUGGUGCUCUUUCAGCAUGUAGAGUACCUUCUCUCACUCCACUCAUGACUAAUGGGAGGAUGCUUCUUCAAAGCAUCUUCAGCCAGUUCUUUUGCAUUUGUAUCAGGCAUGACUCACUUUGCUUGCAAACUUAUCAACUUGAAGUGCUUGACGGUGCCCAGAUAAGUAUGGAGGAAUAUGAGGUUUGA